AUGGCAGGAAAUAGCAACGUCCCAGCAGCAGGACCGGCAACUCCGCGCCCACCUGCAAGACAAGCAAGACCAGUCGAUCAAGACAGUGACGAUGAGCCCGACGAACAAACUCAGCAAAGAUUCACCACGUUGGAAAGAGUCAUCGAUCAAAUGAAUGAACACAUUCAAAGACUGCAAGCUGCAAUCGCUGAAAGAGACGAUCAUGUCAACCAACUCGAAGCUCAAGUCAUGGCUAUACCACCUGGCGAAGCUGGAACAGCCGGCAACAGGGUCAAACUACCAAAACCCAUGACCUUCGACGGAACUAGAUCUAAGUUGAAGACAUUUUUGGUCAACAUGGAAAUGCAUAUCGAAGCCAACCAGAUCACCAAUGACAAAAAGAAAAUGAUCUUUGUGGCAUCAUGCUUUACCGACGCAGCAGCAGAAUGGAUACAACCUAUGCUAAGUGAAUUAUACACUAUCGACAAAGGUAGUUGGGGAACUAUCACCAGGGAACUGUUUUCGAACUACGGCAUGUUCAAACAGAAACUUGGAGAAGCGUUCGGAAACAUCGACGAGCUACGGACCGCGGAAAGACAACUAAGAUACCUACGACAGACCGGAUCCGCUCAGCAGUUGGCAACCAAAUUCCGACAGAUAGUAACACCACUACACUAUGAUGAUGCUAUUCAAAUCGCAACCUUUGAGAACAUGCUCAAGGAAGAAGUCCAGACGGAACUCAUCAAACUCGACCGACCCGACAACAUUGACAGAUUCAUUGAGAUGGCGGUCAAAAUUGACAACAAACUGUUCGAGAUCAAACAGAAGCGACAGGAGUUUCAGAGAUGGAAGAAAGUUGGAGGAUUCCCUCAGUAUGCCAACACAUCGGCAAAACGAGGAACCCAAUACGACAAGGACGGCGAUGUCAAGAUGCAGCUUAACAACGUGAUCAGUAAGGAAGAAAUGGCCAAGCGCAAGGAAAACAAAGCUUGUUACAAGUGCGGACGAAAAGGACACUUUGCACGACAGUGUCGAUCAGGGCAAAACAAACAGAACGGUAACGUCAGCCCUCAAAAAAUAACAACAGUCCAUCAACAAGUUGCGGCCAUACACCAGACAAUUGUGACCCCCUCGGACAGUGAGGAGGAGGAGUCAGAAAAUGAACAGGUCGACGAAGUCCAGGACUUCUGGGGACCGAUACUAGAAAAGGAAAUAUACGAAUCGCUCAAGAAAUUCGAGCAAGAAGAUAGCCCUGGGCAAUCUAAGGGACGCCUCAGACAGAGUUCAGAAAGGGAACCACCCCAGGAAGAAGACGCUAACCCGGAAGAAGCGCAACCUCACCUACGACGAGGUCAAGAGAAAGGACCGAUCAGAGAACCUCGCAGAGAAGACCAAUACAGCAAAACCGCUGGACGGCGUAUUGAUGACCUUUCAUCAGGAAGUGAAAGCCGACACCCCCUGACGUUUCGAGACGGUGGAAAAGACAGAGAAGUUGACCACGAGGACUCGGAUCGAGAAUCAGACACCCCGCAACAUUCACAGUUAACAAGAACAACAAACCUCAGAAGAGACGCCGCAAGGGCGAUCGACCAAGCAAAUGAAACAAUCAGACUGUUCCAGAAACGACCACCAAUCACAAAGAAAGAAUGGGAUUCAGUCCUAGGAACCAGCACGACGGUUCCAGGAAUAAAAAUUGAGAUUCCAGAAACAAGCAAAGAAGAACUGAAAACAGACAGCGAAGACUCCGAAACAACAGAAGAAUUCCCUGAAAUCGACUACGAAGAACCAAAACGAGAAUGCAGUUGCAAACCACCCAAACCAGUAUGUUGGGAAGACUCUAUUCAGACAUACCGACAACACAUCCUCGAAUGCGAAAAAUGCCACGAGUGGACAUUUCACAAAUGCGAUAUGCACGGAAAAAAGAACAUCGCACUCGCAAACGAAUUCGAAUACGUCUCACUCACCAAAGGAACACGGUUGUGCCACCCGAUGCUUGGGCAUACCGAAAGAUGUUCAUGCAUGUACUACCCACAAUAUGGAGGACACCAUCACAAGAAGAUACACUGGACGCAAUGCUAUGAGUCAAGAUGUCCAACUCACCUCGAAGAAAAGGAAAAGAACAAGUGGAAGCCAACGGCACCGAUGAUCAUCUACCAACCCAUCCCGGACUGCCCGAAGGGCUGGAACGAAUGUUGGUGCUACGCAGAAGAAAUUUGGCACCCUUUCCACAAUAGCAUCGAAACUGACCAAUGCUACGCGAAAAAAUGUCCAUACCACGAAGGACGAGUCAUCUACACCGAUGAAGACUGGACCGAAAUUGUUCUAUCACAGAAACGAUACCUUGAGAGGCACAGAAAGGGACACCACCUUAUUGCCACAACUAUCAAGACAGGAGAAACUGUGAUCAUUAUCAAGGGAACAAUCAACGGACACGAAGCCAAACUACUCCUCGACUCGGGAGCAUCAACGAACUACAUUAGCGAAGCAUACGUCAAGAAAAACAGGAUCCAAACGCACGAGACAAACCUAUGGCAUACUGUACAAAAUUUUGAAGGACAAAUCACGAUCGAAGGAUUCGUACGACGAACUGGAAACAUCACACUCAAAUCAGGAGAACACGAAGAAAGCAUCCAACUGGAUUUAAGUCCGUUCGAGCGAAAGGAUUUCGACAUUAUACUCGGAAUGACGUGGCUACGGAAACAUAAUCCUGUCAUUGACUGGAAACACGAGACGGUGUCAAUAGACCUGAAAACGCUGCAAACAGAGCAGAUGGGGAUCAAGCCGAACCAGCAGUUGAAGGUGAAACAUGCUGAAGAAAUAAACGAAAUAGGCCGACAAAUUGAAACACGAAAGAAACCAAAAGAAAUCUACGAAAAAGAACUAAAGGAAGUGCUCGACAAGCUACCAGAAAAAUAUCGGGACUUUACCGAAUUAUUUGUGAAGAAAGAAUAUCGACUACCACAACACGAAAAAGAAUACGAAGCAGAGAUACCGCUCAAGGAAGGAGCACAAGUACCACAAGUGAAGCAACGACAAAUCUCACAAGAUGAACUCCGAACUACUAAGGAAUUCAUUGAGAAAUUCUUAGCAGCCGGUUACAUCAGAGAAUCAAAAGCAAAGGCUUCUGCACAAGCAAUGUUUGUACCAAAACGCGACGGAUCACCACGAAUGGUCAUCGACUACCGAAAAUUAAACAAUAUGACCGAAGACGACGCAAACAAAGCACCACACCAGGAACAGAAGAGAGAUUUAUUGCAAGGCGCAAAAAUCAUGACAAUGUUCGACGUUGAAUGGGGAUACUACAACCUACGAAUGAAAAAUGACGACAUCUGGAAAACAGCAUUCCUUACAGACUUGGGACUGUACGAAUGGCUAGUAGCGCCUAUGGGACUCAAACGGCUACCAGCAGAAUUCGCGAGGUUUAUGACCCACAUCCUACGGGAAUACCUUAACCUCUUCGUUGCAGUAUACUUCGAUGAUGUUAUAGUCUACUCAAAAGACCCCAAGGAACACGAUAACCAUGUACGACUGGUUAUGACAAAACUCAUGGAAGCAGGAUUAACUCUCAAAAUCAAGAAGUGUGAAUUCGACACCACACGAGUCAACUACCUAGGAAUGGUAUAUACAACAAACGGACUAGAAAUACCGAAAGAGAAAUUAGACGCUAUCCUCGAAUGGCCAACUCCAACGAACGUCCACGACGUACAAUCUUUUCUUGGAGCCAGCGGAUACGUUCGACGAUAUCUUGAGAAAUACUCAGACGUUACAACACCAAUGACAGAAUUGCUGAAAAAAGACGAACCAUUCGAUUGGACAGCAAGAAGACAACGAUCUUUUGAAAACGUUAAAGAACUCGUUAAAAUUGCGCCAAUAUUACAACUGUUUAACCCAGAAUUACAAAGCAUUCUACGAACAGACGCAUCUGGAUAUGCUCUUGGAGCAAUCCAUGAACAAAUCAAUGAAAAAGGAGAAACGCAGAUUGUCGCAUUCUACUCGAGAAAGUUUACAUCGGCGGAAGUUAACUACGACGUCCACGACCGAGAAUUACUCGCGAUAGUUCAAGCAUUUCGACAAUGGCGGCACUAUCUCCAAGGAGCAAAACAUGAAGUAAUCGUCAAAAGCGAUCAUCACAAUUUGAAGUACUUCACGACAACAAAAGAAUUAUCUGGAAGACAAAUACGAUGGGCCGAAGAACUAGCCAAAUUCAAUUACAGGAUUGAACAUAUUCCAGGAAAACAAAAUGCAGCAGCAGACGCAUUAAGCAGACGACCAGAUUACGCAAUCGGGAUAGAACCCCCCAAGACAAACAUUCUGCAAGAAGAAUCAGGAGUUCUACGCCACAAUCACAAUGCGAUCAUUGCGACCGCAAUAAGAGUUGUUGACGAUGAUCCGUUCUACGAACGAAUGUAUCGGGAAACCAACAAGGAUCAAAAAAUACAAGAAGAAUUACAAGCCGGACAAGUUACGAAAAAUGUUCAGAAAGGCUUAGCGAUAUGGAAUGGAAUGAUCAGAGUACCGCAGAAUAUGACUACGGAAGUCAUUCAGCGAUACCACGAUCCUCCAACAAAAGGACACCAAGGAGUUGAAAGGACAAUCGAAAUGAUUACCCGAACAUUCUACUUUCCUUAUGUCCGAAAAAGGGUUGAGAAUUACAUCAGAAACUGCGACGAAUGCAACAGAAACAAAGCAGUACACCACAAACCCUUUGGAAAAAUGCAAAUACCGGAAGUACCAGAAGAAGCAUGGAAAAGUAUCACUGUUGACUUUAUCCAAGGACUACCGCAGUCCAAGGACCCAGUAACAGGAAUUACCUACACCGAUGCCAUGAUAACAGUCGACCGACUUACGAAAUAUGUUAUCUUAGAACCAACACCAAAGGAUAUGACAGCAGAACAAUGUGCAAAACUUAUGUUACGAAAAGUUUUUGUAUGGACCGGAUUACCAAACGAACUUAUCACAGACCGAGACAAGUUGUUUACAUCCAAAUAUUGGCAGACAAUUGCAAAGGCAUGCGGAAUGCAUCACAAGUUAUCAACCGCGAAUCACCAACAGACUGAUGGCCAGUCCGAGAGAAUGAUUCAAACAGUUGAACAGUAUUUUCGACACUAUUUAGAUUGGGAACAAGACAAUUGGGUAGAACUACUACCAUUAGCACAGUUCGCAUUAAACAAUGCAGAAAACGCUACGACAAAACAAGUUCCACAUUUUGCGAAUCUUGGACGACACCCAAGAAUGACAUGGUCUGAAGUACCACGAGAAGGAUUAUCCGAAGCCGCGAUAAUACAAGCCAACAAACUACAGGCACUCCAUCACACAAUAUCGAAAGACAUCAAGUGGGCUGAAAACCGAAUGAAGACCUACUACGACAAGAAGCGCGAGGACGCGCCAAUCCUCAAAAAGGGGGAGAAAGUUUACUUACUACGACGAACAAUUGGACAGAAAAAAUUCAACAUUCCAAGCAAGAGACCAAGCAACAAACUUGACGCUAUCAAAUACGGACCUUUCGCAAUUCAAGAAAAACUCGCUAACGACAAUUACAAACUCCGACUACCAGCAAGAAUGAAAGUGCACCCAGUAUUUCACAUCUCAUUAUUGGAACCAACCGAAAACCCAGAAAACAGUAACGACGAAGCAACCGAGGAUGAAUAUGAAGUUGAAAACAUUCUAAAGAGAAAUCAGCUGGAAAGGAUACGGACCUGA